AUGUGUACAGCUUCAGGAAGUGAAUUCGACGGCAAAACCCUGCUUGCGUCCUAUCGUAGUCUGCGACCUGUGGCGCAACCUGUGGAUGUGUCUAAGUCAAAUGUGGAAGCAUUUGGUGGAGACUACUGUGGCAAGCCGCCCUUCUUUGCCCUUGUUCGAGUCGGCAAAGGGCUAGUGAAGGGCGUGCUGGCCGAGAGACCACAGGAUCAAGCGGGUACAGUGAUUAUGUUCGAGAGGUUCAGCAUAUGA